AUGCAUGCCAACGUGGAGGACCGGGGGAUUAAAGGUGACAUCACUCCCCUGAUGGCGGCGGCCAGCGGAGGUUACGUCGACAUCGUCAAGCUGCUCCUGGUCCACGGGGCUGAUGCCAACGCACAGUCCUCCACUGGUACGAAUAUAUACACACACACACAUAUUUAUCGUUUUCCAUCUGCCUUGCUCAAUGUGCGUGUGGUUAUUUCUAUUCAUUAUUUGUUGGUCCAAACCAAAAUGUUUAGAUUUCUGCUUGGACAAUAUGCCCCAUCUAGCCCCAUCUAGCUCCAUUGAGUUGCAUUAAAUCUAAACCUCACUAACACAAGUAUUGUAUCUAGUCCUCCUCUCCCUCCGCCUCUCUCUCUCUCUCUCUCUCUCUCUCCCUGUAGGUAACACAGCCCUGACGUAUGGGCUCUCUCCCUGUAGGUAACACAGCCCUGACGUAUGGGCUCUCUCCCUGUAGGUAACACAGCCCUGACGUAUGGGCUCUCUCCCUGUAGGUAACACAGCCCUGACGUAUGGGCUCUCUCCCUGUAGGUGACACAGCCCUGACAUAUGGGCUCUCUCCCUGUAGGUAACACAGCCCUGACGUAUGGGCUCUCUCCCUGUAGGUAACACAGCCCUGACGUAUGGGCUCUCUCCCUGUAGGUAACACAGCCCUGACGUAUGGGCUCUCUCCCUGUAGGUAACACAGCCCUGACGUAUGGUCUCUCUCCCUGUAGGUAACACAGCCCUGACGUAUGGGCUCUCUCCCUGUAGGUAACACAGCCCUGACGUAUGGGCUCUCUCCCUGUAGGUAACACAGCCCUGACGUAUGGUCUCUCUCCCUGUAGGUAACACAGCCCUGACGUAUGGUCUCUCUCCCUGUAGGUAACACAGCCCUGACGUAUGGGCUCUCCCCCUGUAGGUAACACAGCCCUGACGUAUGGGCUCUCUCCCUGUAGGUAACACAGCCCUGACGUAUGGGCUCUCUCCCUGUAGGUAACACAGCCCUGACGUAUGGGCUCUCUCCCUGUAGGUAACACAGCCCUGACGUAUGGGCUCUCUCCCUGUAGGUAACACAGCCCUGACGUAUGGGCUCUCUCCCUGUAGGUAACACAGCCCUGACGUAUGGGCUCUCUCCCUGUAGGUAACACAGCCCUGACGUAUGGGCUCUCUCCCUGUAGGUAACACAGCCCUGACGUAUGGGCUCUCUCCCUGUAGGUAACACAGCCCUGACGUAUGGGCUCUCUCCCUGUAGGUAACACAGCCCUGACGUAUGGGCUCUCUCCCUGUAGGUAACACAGCCCUGACGUAUGGGCUCUCCCUGUAGGUGACACAGCCCUGACGUAUGGGCUCUCCCUGUAGGUGACACAGCCCUGACGUAUGGGCUCUCUCCCUGUAGGUAACACAGCCCUGACGUAUGGGCUCUCUCCCUGUAGGUAACACAGCCCUGACGUAUGGGCUCUCUCCCUGUAGGUAACACAGCCCUGACGUAUGGGCUCUCUCCCUGUAGGUAACACAGCCCUGACGUAUGGGCUCUCUCCCUGUAGGUAACACAGCCCUGACGUAUGGGCUCUCCCUGUAGGUAACACAGCCCUGACGUAUGGGCUCUCUCCCUGUAGGUAACACAGCCCUGACGUAUGGGCUCUCUCCCUGUAGGUAACACAGCCCUGACGUAUGGGCUCUCUCCCUGUAGGUAACACAGCCCUGACGUAUGGUCUCUCUCCCUGUAGGUAACACAGCCCUGACGUAUGGUCUCUCUCCCUGUAGGUAACACAGCCCUGACAUAUGGGCUCUCCCCCUGUAGGUAACACAGCCCUGACGUAUGGGCUCUCUCCCUGUAGGUAACACAGCCCUGACGUAUGGGCUCUCUCCCUGUAGGUAACACAGCCCUGACGUAUGGGCUCUCUCCCUGUAGGUAACACAGCCCUGACGUAUGGGCUCUCUCCCUGUAGGUAACACAGCCCUGACGUAUGGGCUCUCUCCCUGUAGGUAACACAGCCCUGACGUAUGGGCUCUCUCCCUGUAGGUAACACAGCCCUGACGUAUGGGCUCUCUCCCUGUAGGUAACACAGCCCUGACGUAUGCGUGUGCCGGGGGGUUCGUAGAUGUGGUGAAGGUUCUCUUGAAGGAGGGGGCCAACAUCGAGGACCACAACGAGAACGGCCACACACCCCUAAUGGAGGGGGCGAGCGCGGGCCACGUGGAUGUGGCCAGGGUUCUGCUGGAGUACGGCGCCGGGAUCAACACACACUCCAACGAGUUCAAGGAGAGCGCCCUCACACUGGCCUGCUACAAAGGUGACACUCUACUUCACUUCUCAUCUAUGUAUUCACUGUUCCCUUUGAUUGUUUUAGAUGUUUUCUUGUGGUGCUCGCUCACAUAGCCCCCCAAAAGCAGCAUUCAUAGACAACAAAAUAACAAUUUAAAUUAAUGAUCUUUCUGUUACUCUCUCCUUCCCCUGCUCUCUCCCUCUCCCUCCAGGUCAUCUGGACAUGGUGAGGUUUCUGCUGGAAGCUGGGGCAGAUCAGGAGCAUAAGACUGAUGAGAUGCACACAGCACUGAUGGAAGCCUGCAUGGUGAGCAUAUGACCCAACACACCAGCCCCUCUCUUCUCUCUCCCUGCGUGGUGAGCAUAUGACCCAACACACAGCCCCUCUCUUCUCUCUCCCUGCAUGGUGAGCAUAUGACCCAACACACAGCCCCUCUCUUCUCUCUCCCUGCGUGGUGAGCAUAUGACCCAACACACAGCCCCUCUCUUCUCUCUCCCUGCGUGGUGAGCAUAUGACCCAACACACAGCCCCUCUCUUCUCUCUCCCUGCGUGGUGAGCAUAUGACCCAACACACAGCCCCUCUCUUCUCUCUCCCUGCGUGGUGAGCAUAUGACCCAACACACAGCCCCUCUCUUCUCUCUCCCUGCAUGGUGAGCAUAUGACCCAACACACAGCCCCUCUCUUCUCUCUCCCUGCAUGGUGAGCAUAUGACCCAACACACAGCCCCUCUCUUCUCUCUCCCUGCGUGGUGAGCAUAUGACCCAACACACAGCCCCUCUCUUCUCUCUCCCUGCGUGGUGAGCAUAUGACCCAACACACAGCCCCUCUCUUCUCUCUCCCUGCAUGGUGAGCAUAUGACCCAACACACAGCCCCUCUCUUCUCUCUCCCUGCAUGGUGAGCAUAUGACCCAACACACAGCCCCUCUCUUCUCUCUCCCUGCGUGGUGAGCAUAUGACCCAACCACACAGCCCCUCUCUUCUCUCUCCCUGCGUGGUGAGCAUAUGACCCAACACACAGCCCCUCUCUUCUCUCUCCCUGCAUGGUGAGCAUAUGACCCAAACCACACGCCCCUCUCUUCUCUCUCCCUGCGUGGUGAGCAUAUGACCCAACACACAGCCCUCUCUUCUCUAUCCCUGCGUUGGUGAGAUAUGGACCCAACCCACAGCCCCUCUCUUCUCUUCCCUGCGUGGUGAGCAUAUGACCCAACACACAGCCCCUCUCUUCUCUCUCCCUGCAUGGUGAGCAUAUGACCCAACACACAGCCCCUCUCUUCUCUCUUCCUGCGUGUGUGUGUGUGUGUGUGUGUAACCCACUCAGGUGCUUAUGUUGUCCCUGUGUGUGUGUGUGUCUCCUGUCCCAGGAUGGGCAUGUGGAGGUGGCACGGCUGCUGCUGGACAGCGGGGCGCAGGUCAACAUGCCCGCUGACUCCUUCGAGUCGCCCCUCACCCUGGCAGCCUGCGGCGGGCACGUAGAACUAGCAGCUCUGCUCAUAGAGAGAGGAGCCAACCUAGAGGAGGUGAGUAGCAACACAAUAACAGUGGAUGUUAGAAUGUGUGUGUGUAGGUGAAUGAUGAGGGUUACAGCCCUCUGAUGGGUUAGGGUCACACAGAGAGAGAGACGGUGACUCACCCCUACCAACCCGCUCUGAGGGCCCUCUGUUGUCACACUGAGGGUGACUAGUGGCGAGGGGAUCAAUAAACCCAUCAACUUCAGGAUGCUCCUGACUUGAAUGAUGCAAUUCAUAUUCAUAUAAAAGAAGCAGGAAAUUCAAAUGAACAAAUCCCCCCCCUGCCGUUUUACAACCCUCCGUAACAGUUAAACAUUUAAUUUGGGAGGUAUUUUUAUAUUUUACAUGUGUCAAGUCUCGACAUCAGACAAACCAAUGCACGUGUCAUAUAAUUAGGCACGCCUCUCCAUUCUUUUGUGAAAUUGCACAAAAACAACACAGUGCCUUAUGGGAUUCCACUUCGCUAUGAAGCCGGCAGCGUUGCAGGCUCAGUCUAAGUGCCUACUGGAGGGGCUAAUUAGCCUCUACGCCCUUGAUCAUUUUCACUCCUUCUGCUUUGGGACACUUGUGCAAAUGGCGGAGGCGCACGUGAAUGUGCAAAUAGCGGGGCGAGGGGAAGGGGGUGAUUUGGGAUUCAGCCACUGAGUCCUGUAACUGGAUGUUUUAAUGUGUCUAGGUGAAUGAUGAAGGCUAUACCCCUCUGAUGGAGGCAGCCAGAGAAGGCCAUGAAGAGAUGGUGGCUCUGCUGCUGGCUCAGGGUAAUGAACUGGGAGACAACUGGCAACUGGGAUCAUAUGGAACUAGAACAUAAAUGGAUACCUGCACACUGUUCAAUGCUCUUGCAUAUACUAUGUUAUUGUGUGGAAAUAACUGCUUUGUCAGGCCUGUUGGAGAGGGUCUCACUCCUAAAAUAGACACUAACCUCUCUCCAUCUCUCUCUCUCUCACUCUAUUUAUCGCUCUCUCUCCUCCCUCCCCCUCCAGGUGCCAACAUCAACGCCCAGACGGAGGAAACCCAGGAGACAGCCCUGACCCUGGCCUGCUGUGGAGGGUUCCUGGAGGUGGCUGACUUCCUCAUCAAGGCCGGAGCCGACAUCGAACUGGGCUGCUCCACACCUCUCAUGGAGGCUGCUCAGGAGGGACACCUGGAGCUGGUCAAAUACCUCCUGGCUGCAGGUACAGACAGACACAGACAGACAUACGGACACACAGACAGACAUACGGACACACAUACGGACACACAGACAGACAUACGGACACACAGACAGACAUACGGACACACAGACAGACAUACGGACACAGAGACAGACGGACGGACACACAGACGGAGGGACGGACGGACACACAGACGGAGGGACGGACGGACACACAGACGGAGAGAGACGGACGGACUGACACGGAGAGAGAGACGGACGGACUGACACGGAGAGAGAGACGGACGGACCGACACGGAGAGAGAGACGGACGGACGGACCGACACGGAGAGAGAGACGGACGGACGGACCGACACGGAGAGAGAGACGGACGGACUGACACGGAGAGAGAGACGGACGGACUGACACGGAGAGAGAGACGGACGGACUGA